CAAAAGGUGAAAGGUGGCAAAGAAGGAAAAGUAAUAUCAUACCAAGUAAGAACCCGAUUCAAAGUUGUAACACUUGUCAUAUAUAUUAAUUUUUUUCUAGAAGAGAAAAAUAAAAAUAAAAUAAACCAUGUGGUAUUGCAAAGGAGAGGCAGGCUAACUGCACACUCAAGAAACAGAGAAAGAAAGAAAGAGAAGCCCUUCCGUUCACCUCCUUCUUCUUCUUUCUUUUGCUUGUAGCAGCUUUUUUUUUUCUUUUUCCAAGGAGAUUUUUGAAGGGUUAAAGGUCUAAGAAGAUCACUGUAAAUUUUGGGGGAGAGAGAAGGAGAGAGACAGAGAGAGAAACGGAAAUUUAUCCAGACUUGAAGAUUUGGAGUCAGUUUAAAAGCACAGAGAUUUCUUUGUUUUUACAUGACCAUAUUGGAUCCUGUCUGAAGAUUCCCCUGUUUUCUCUUAUCUCCGAAAAAGGAUCUUCAUUUUUGCUUAUGAGCAAAGAAUUUUAGUCUUAUUUUCUUUGUUCUUCUUUGGAUAGAGCCGUUGGCUCUUCGUAACCCAACGACCUGUUGUAUGGAAAAUCAUAUAAUUGCUUUAUGUUGAAAAUGAUUUUGUCAUCCACCUGAAGAUGUAUUUACCACACGGGAUACGGGAGAGACAGUAAUGCUAGGAACAUGGGAAAGAAAGGGAGUUGGUUUUCUGCAAUCAAGAGGGUUUUUAUACCCCACUCAAAGGAGAAGCUAGUUAAUGAUUCAGAGAAGAAAACCACAAAAGAAAAGAAGAAGAAAGGUCUAGGGAACCGAAGGCAUGGAGAUACAAAUUCCUUCAUUCCCCUCUUUAGAGAGCCGAGCAGCAUUGAGAAAAUUUUUGGGGAUUUUGAAAGAGAGCAACAAAGGCUAAGUUUUAGGCCUCCCACACCUCCUGAGCAACCAAGAACACCACCAUUUGUGCCACCUAGAGCAGCCUCUCCUAGAGCUUCUUCUCCAAGGGUUGCUUCACCUAGGGCUGCUUCUCCUCGGGCUCCUUCUCCUAGAGUUGCCUCACCUCGGGCUGCUUCUCCAAGAGUUGCUUCUCCUCGGAUUGUUCAUCACCACAAGGAGAUUAGCUACAGACCAGAACCAACAUUAAGGAGCCAUCAUGCUUCAGCUACUAAGAUCCAAGCAGCCUAUAGAGGUUAUGCGGCAAGGAGGAGUUUCAGAGCUCUUAAGGGCCUCGUGAGGCUUCAGGGGGUGGUGAGAGGACAAAAUGUGAAGCGGCAGACAUCAAAUGCCAUGAAGUACAUGCAACUGUUGGUGCGGGUCCAGUCUCAGAUUCAGACUAGGAGGAUCCAGAUGCUAGAAAACCAAGCCAGACGUCAAGCGCAAGCCAAGGAAGUGGAAAGUAACUUUGGCAAGUGGAACUUGAGCCAGACAUCUGAAGCAGGUAAUGAUGAAUGGGAUGAUAGCUUGCUGACAAAGGAGGAAGUAGAGGCAAGAUUGCAGAGAAAGGUUGAGGCAAUUGUCAAGAGAGAAAGAGCCAUGGCCUAUGCAUAUUCACACCAGUUGUGGAAAGCUACUCCUAAAUCUGGUCAAACACCUCUUUCAGACAUCCGAUCUGGGGGAUUUCCAUGGUGGUGGAACUGGUUGGAAAGGCAGUUGCCUUCAACUAAUAAUCCACCCGAAAGCAGUGCGGUGAAGAACUUCCAACUUACUCCUCCAAGACCACACUCAGAGCUCAAGCCAAGUCCGAGGCCACCAAGCAGCCACAAGCAAAGUCCUUUUGUGUUUGAUAAUAUUAAUAUGGAUACACCCACGCCAAGAUCCUCUAAAUCUACCAUAGUCCCAAGCGCGAAACAGGCAAGAACACCUCCUCCAAAUAGUCGAAGUCCACUAGUAAACAGCUCAAGUCAAUCAAAAUUUUCUAAACCAAGAGCAAGUGGAGCUGAAUCCCCUUUCGAUAUCCCAUUAAAGGAUGACGACAGUCUUGUUAGCUGCCCACCAUUCUCGGCUCCAAACUACAUGGCUCCGACAGUUUCAGCCAAAGCCAAAGCGAGAGCUAAUAGCAAUCCUAAGGAGAGGUAUAUGGGGACUCCAAGCAGUGACACAAAAAGAAGGAUGUCAUUCCCUCUGACACAAGGGAUCGGUUCUUUCAAGUGGAACAAAGGCUCAUUCUUCUCUAAUAGCAAGGAUACUAGUUCUCCGAGGGUUUUAGAUAAGCACCAGUCUUUGCAAUCCGUAGGGGAUUUGAGUGUGGAUUCCACGGUGUCUUUGCCCGCCGGGGUUGGGAGGAAGCCGUUUAACCGAUUCGUGUGAUUUGUUUAUUUUGGUAUAUCUUUUUAACAUGUAUUAUGAUCCCCCUCAUUGACCAUCUUGGUUGUUUUAUUUUGAUUUGAGUGCAUGGUGAUAAUAGUUUGAGUUACGAAAAUAUUGGUGUAAAAUAAUAAAAGACACAAUAGGAAAUAUAUGAUAUUGGUUUGUGUAAUUGGGAUGUAACAGGAUUAUUUGGGUUUUUGGAAAAGUUAUCAUCACACCUAUUCUUUUUGGUUUGUUUUAA